AUAUAUUAGCCUGGUAACCGGAAGUUAAGUAUUAUUAUGGAUUUCAUUUUUAAUCGAGUCUGUGGUAAAUCGUUGUAAACAUUCAAGAGUACUAUAUGGCGUUCAUCAAGAAAUUUGGUAACAAAGAGCUAGAUGAUAAAAUAGAAGAAUGGAUCAGAUGGGAUAAGCGGGAUGACACGUGCGAUGAAAUUAAGAAACUCGUCCAGAAUGACAAUGAAAAUGAGCUAAAUAAUAGGUUAUUAAAAAGAAUGGCAUUUGGUACUGCUGGUCUUAGAGCAAGAAUGGGUGCAGGAUAUUCGAUGAUGAACGACUUGACAAUAAUCCAGACAACUCAAGGAUUUGCAAAAUACAUGUUAACAGUAACACCUAAUGUAAGAAAGAAUGGAGUAGUAAUUGGCUUUGAUGGCCGACAUAAUAGUCAUCGGUUCGCCCAAAGAGUUGCCAGAGUAUUGACGUUACAAAAUAUCAAAGUCUAUACAAUGUCCCAUACAUGUCCAACACCUUUCGUCCCAUAUACUGUUCUUUCGAAAGGCUGCGAUUGGGGAAUAAUGGUAACUGCAUCACACAAUCCAAAGGAUGAUAACGGCUAUAAAGUGUAUUAUUCUAAUGGUGCUCAAAUAAUAGAACCUCAUGAUGAAUAUAUCAGUAGGAGCAUUCUUGAAAAUUUGGAACCGUGGGAAAAUGUUUGGCAGUUAGAUGAAACAGACAAUAAUCUUUGUACCGACGUAUAUAAAGAAACUUUCACCAAUUAUAUUAAGGAUUUAGAGGGCUUGUGCCAUUUUAAAGACGAAAAUAGCAAAACAGAUGUUAAAUUUACAUACACAGCCAUGCAUGGUGUUGGAUAUCCAGCAAUUCAGAAAGCCUUUGAGAUUUUUAAUUUGCCUAAACCAAUCCCUGUGAUAGAACAAGUCGAAGUUGAUCCCGAAUUUACAACUGUCCAAUUCCCAAAUCCAGAAGAGGGAAAAAGCGCACUGAAUUUGGCGAUGAAAACUGCUGAUGAAAACGAUUGUAAAGUGAUUUUAGCGAAUGAUCCGGACGCGGAUAGAUUAGCCCUUGCGGAAAAGCAGGCAAAUGGCGAAUGGAAGUGUUUUUCCGGAAAUGAAUUGGGUAGUUUAUAUUUGUGGUGGCUCUCGACUCGACUAGAUAUUACUAAUACUAGCCGCGGCGAUGUCUACGCAAUUGCUAGUACAGUGUCUUCCCAAAUUAUUGGAAGUAUUGCCCGAGUAGAAAAUUUUAAAUUUGAAGAGACACUUACUGGAUUCAAGUGGAUGGGUAAUAAAGCUCACGAACUACGAAAAAAAGGAAAAACUGUAUUAUUCGCUUUUGAGGAAGCCAUUGGAUUUAUGUGCAGUGAUAAAGUACUUGAUAAAGACGGUAUUAGUGCUGCGGUUGUCCUGGCGGAGAUGAUUAUUCACCUUGCAAAAGAGAAUCUUAAUUGUAAGCAACAAUUAGAAAAGAUAUAUGAGAAAUACGGUCAACAUAUAUCUAGAAAUUCAUACUUUAUUUGUCAUGAUGAAGCUACUAUUAAUAAAUUAUUUAACGAUAUAAGAAAUUUUGACGGUAAAGGAAAAUAUCCUUCGCAUUGUGGCCGUUUCGAAAUCAAAUACAUUAGAGAUUUGACAACUGGAUAUGAUAAUAGUCAACCUGAUAAUAAACCUAUCCUCCCUGUUUCUGCGUCAAGUCAAAUGUUAACCUUCACCUUUAGUAAUGGAUGCAUAGCAACACUGAGAACCAGCGGAACAGAACCCAAGAUAAAAUAUUAUACUGAAUAUUGCGCCGAACCAGGGCGUAGUCGUGAAGAGGUUAGCAAUGAACUGAACGAGAUGAUAGAAGCUAUUAUCGAACACUUUUAUAGACCUAAAGAGAAUCACUUGACACCUCGACCUAAUUAG